AGGUUACAUAGAAGAACCUUGAAUUUGGGUCGCAAUUUUAUGUAACCAAAUUUUUCUUCCCCCAAUUCGUGGCGUUCUUGAUCUCAUACUUAAACCCUACAAUUCACUAUGAAGAUUUGAUUUCAUUCAAUUUUUUUUCUCACUAUUUCAUCAUUAGUUGAUAAUGGAGGCAUUGACGGAGUUAUGCGAUUUGAUCGCGCAGAACCCUAGUCAAUUUCUGGACAAAAUUGCUUGGAUUUGCAACCGGUGCCCUCCGUCGGACUCUCUCCUUUCCGGAUCUCCGAGAAUUUCACGGUCUCAGCUCAAUGCGGUUCUUGUAACAGCCCGAUUCAUUUCCAAGUGCGGCAAUUACAAUGAUACCCGUCCUCGAACGAUUGUUCUUGAGUUCAUACGAGCAGUUCCAGCUUCCUUUGACCAAUCAUUUUGGCCAAAAUCGUUUGGGAACGCUUCGAUUGCUUCUUUUUAUGCGGAAUUCUUCGGGUACGUUUGUAAAGCAACUGAACUGCAUCCGGAUUUCGACUCUGAUGUGGCGAGGUUCAUGGGAGACAUAGUGUUUGCUGCUGUUAAUGAUAGGUGUGGUGAUGUGGGGAUUUCCAAGGCUUUUUUGAGUGCUUUAUCUGAGAGUUUCCCACCGAUUAUCCCGUCGGAUGCAAAUAAAUUGGUUUCUUCAUUGCUUGAUGGUCUAGAGUUUGCUCUCCCAGGUAGCAGUUCGCCCAAGGGUAUAAUGGGUUCUAAUUCUUCCUCACAGAGCUCCCCAAUUAGUGUUAGCAAUGUUGCUGCUUCUAGUUCAUCUAGUGGCGGUAUAGAUGAUGCCAAUUCGAAGGCCUUAGUUACGAACGGGGGAAGCAGCAGUGCGUGGACGGGAAUGGGCACUCCCACGGCUAGUGAUAGGAGGGGGGUUGCUUACUUUGAAGAGGAAUUGGUGGAGAACCUCGAGAAACAAGAGAUUGCCUUCAAAUUAAUUGGACAUAUUCUUGAUAGAUCGCAGAUUGAUCCCAAGCUUUUGGAACGGGUGCACGUUAUUACAAAGGAUCAACUGAAAUCAAUUUCAGAUUUUCUAAAGAUAAGGAAGCGUGAGUGGACGGAGCAGGGAUCAUUACUUAAAGCUAGAAUCAAUACCAAACUUUCUGUUUACAAAGCAGCAGUUAAAUUGAAAAUCAGAGGUCUUGCAUCCCUUGAUUCAGAUGGGAAAUCAUCAAAGAAAUUGUUGCAUGGAGCUCUGGCAUUGUUAGUCGAAGCCGCUGAAGCUUGUGUCUAUUCGGUGUGGCGUAAGCUGCGAAUUUGUGAAGAUCUUUUCAGUUACUUGCUUGAUGGCAUCUCUAAAAUUGCUGUUACCCGUGGAGGUCAUCUACUACGUGUUCUGUUUAUACGAUUCAAACCGCUUGUGCUAACUACAUGUGCUCAAGCUGAUACUUGGGCAAGCAGCCAGGGAGCUAUGUUUGAGAGCGUCUUGAAGGCAAGCUGUGAGAUUAUCGAAUAUGGAUGGACUAAGGACCGAGCUCCAGUGGAUACAUUUAUUAUGGGAUUGGCUACAAGUAUACGUGAACGCAGUGACUAUGAGGAAGAGGAUGCUAAAGAGAAGCAAGCAGUUCCUAUCGUACAGCUCAAUGUCAUACGGUUGCUUGCAGAGCUAAAUGUACAAGUUAAGAAAACUGAAGUGGUUGACACCAUAUUGCCAUUGUUCAUUGAAAGUUUGGAGGAGGGUGAUGCUUCAAUACCUGGCUUAUUGCGUCUCCGACUUCUUGAUGCUGUUUCUCGCAUCGCGAGCUUAGGUUUUGAGAAGUCCUAUCGUGAAGCUGUUGUGCUAAUGAUAAGAAGCUACUUAAGUAAACUUUCCAGCAUCGGAUCUGCGGAAAGCAAGACCUUGCCAGCAGAGGCCAACACGGAGCGAGUUGAGACUCUUCCUGCAGGAUUUCAAUCCAUAGCCAGAGGCCUAACGAAUGGAAAACUUCGGGUGGACUUUCGUCAUCGCCUGCUAUCGUUAUGCUCAGAUGUAGGUUUGGCAGCCGAGUCCAAGAGUGGAAGCAGCGGAGCUGAUUUUCUUGGGCCUCUACUUCCUGCUGUGGCUGAAAUAUGUUCUGAUUUUGAUCCAACUAUGGAUGUUGAACCUUCACUCCUGAAGUUAUUUCGUAACCUAUGGUUCUAUAUUGCGCUGUUUGGCUUGGCGCCUCCGGUGCUGAAAUCUCCAACCUCAGUGAAGCUGAAUUCUACAACAUUGAACAAUGGAGGGAAUACAAGUGCGGUUGCCCUUCAAGCCGUGGGUGGACCGUACAUGUGGAACCCUCAGUGGUCUUCUGCUGUUCAGCGCAUUUCUCAAGGGACUCCACCCCUUGUAGUGAGCUCUGUAAAAUGGCUAGAGGACGAGUUAGAACUAAAUGCCCUUCAUAAUCCUGGUAGCCGUCGAGGAAGUGGAAAUGAGAAGGCUGCUGUGAGCCAAAGAACAGCCCUUUCUGCUUCAUUAGGAGGGCGCGUUGAGGUUGGAGCAAUGAGCGCAAUUUCAGGGGUGAAGGCAACUUAUCUUCUUGCAGUCGCAUUUUUGGAGAUUAUACGAUUCAGCAGUAAUGGUGGCAUCCUUAAUUGUGGUCCUGGUUCUACUGCUUCUAGGAGUGCCUUCAGCUGUGUUUUUGAGUAUCUCAAAAGCCCAAAUCUUAUGCCAGCUGUAUUCCAAUGCUUAAUGGCCAUUGUUCAUCGUUCUUUUGAGACAGCAUUAACAUGGCUGGAGAGUCAAAUCUGUGAGACGGGAGAUGCUGCGGAGGUUAGAGAGUCCACUCUUGCUGUCCAUGCUUGUUUUCUCAUUAAGAGUUUGUCUCUUAGAGAAGAACACAUUCGGGAUGUAUCCAUUAAUCUGUUGUCUCAAUUGAGAGAGAGAUUUCCACAGAUCCUGUGGAAAUCAUCUUGUCUGGAUUCUCUCCUCUUUUCUGUGAAUAAUGACCCGCCUUCAGCACUUGUCAGUGAUCCUGCUUUAAUAGCUUCUGUUCGCUCUUUGUACCAAAAAGUUGUCCGGGAAUGGAUUAUCAUUUCACUAUCAUAUGCUCCAUGCACCAGCCAGGGUCUUCUUCAGGAGCAACUUUGUAAAGCAAAUACAUGGCAAAAAGCACAGCCCACAACAGAUGUUGUUUCUCUUUUGUCCGAGAUACGGAUAGGCACGGGUAAAAGUGAAUGUUGGACUGGCACAAAAACUGCCAACAUCCCUGCAGUAAUGGCAUCUGCAGCAGCUGCAUCAGGUGGAAAUCUCAAGUUGACAGAGGCAUUCAAUAUUGAAGUUCUUAGCACUGCUAUCGUCAGUGCCACAGUCAAGUGUAAUCAUGCAGGUGAAAUUGCUGGCAUGACAAGGUUGUAUGAGAAUAUGGAAAGUGCAGAUGAUGAUUCUGAAAUUGCACCUUCAACUCCUGCACCUGGUGGUCUUUCAAGGCUGACAUCUGGAUCUUUUCUUCAACCAUCCCAACCCAAAAAGCAGUCCUUUGGUGAGAUAUUACUUAACAAGUUUGUGCGUCUACUUCAAAAGUUCGUUUCCACCGCGGAGAAAGGUGGGGGUGUGGACAAGUCAUCGUUUCGUGAGACUUGUUCUCAGGCAACUGCACUACUACUUUCAAAUCUGGCUUCAGAUACAAAACCCAGUGCAGACAGCUUCUCUCAACUCCUCCGACUUCUUUGUUGGUGUCCAGCUUAUAUAUCUACACCUGAUGCUAUGGAGACUGGUGUAUUCAUCUGGACAUGGUUAGUUUCUGCUGCUCCUCAGUUGGGUUCUGUAGUCCUUGCAGAGCUUGUUGAUGCAUGGUUAUGGACGAUUGAUACCAAACAUGGACUCUUUGCAUCUGAAGUGAGGUUCUUUGGACCAGCUUCCAAGUUAAGGCCUCAGCUUGCACCUGGUGAGCCAGAAGCACCACCUGAGAAGGACCCUGUUCAAGAGAUUCUAGCACAUAGGCUAUGGCUUGGGUUUUUCAUUGAUCGUUUUGAGGUAGUUAGACACAAUAGUGUGGAACAACUCUUGCUUCUUGGCAGGAUGUUGCAAGGGACUACAAAAUUCCCCUGGAGAUUUUCACGCCAUCCAGCUGCAACCGGUACAUUUUUCACAGUCAUGCUGCUUGGACUUAAGCUAUGUUCAUGCCAAUAUCAGGGGAACCUGCAAAAGUUUAGAUUAGGACUUCAGCUGCUAGAAGACAGGAUUUACCGGGCCUCUUUAGGCUGGUUUUGCCAUCAACCUGAGUGGUAUGAGACAAAUAAUGGGAAUUUUGCGCACAGCGAGGCUCAAUCUGUUCAUGCUUUUGUCCACUUUCUGUUAAAUCAACGAAUGAAUGUUCCUCAAAAUGAUUCAAAAGGACAGGGCCAGGAAAAUGGAAGCGCUUUGCUUAGUAUGAAGGAUUCAUAUCACCCUGUUUGGGGAUCAAUGGAGAAUAAUGCUGUUGGUAGGGAGAAGAGGAAGCAGCUACUUUUAAUGCUAUGCCAGCACGAAGCUGAAAGGCUUGAUGUUUGGGCACAACCUAUUGGCUCCAAGGAGAGCACAUCUUCUAGGCAUAAGAUUAACUCAGAGAAAUGGAUUGAACAUGCAAGAACUGCAUUUGCUAUUGAUCCUCGGAUUGCUUUUUCUUUGGGUGCUAGAUUUCCUACGAAUUCUUCUCUAAAGUCAGAACUGACUCAUUUGGUUCAGUCACAUAUACUGGAGAUCCGUACCAUACCUGAGGCUUUACCAUACUUUGUGACUCCCAAGGCUGUAGAUGAAGAUUCUCCACUUUUGCAACAAUUGACACACUGGGCUGCUUGUUCAAUCACACAGGCUCUGGAGUACUUCACUCCAGCAUACAAAGGUCAUCCGCGUGUUAUGGCUUAUAUUCUGAGGGUAUUGGAGUCAUAUCCUCCGAGCAGAGUAACCUUUUUCAUGCCCCAGUUAAUUCAAGCAUUAAGAUAUGACGAUGAGAAGUUAGUUGAAGGAUACCUGAUUAGAGCUGCUCAAAGGAGUGACGUGUUUUCCCAUAUUCUCAUUUGGCAUUUACAGGGUGAGACAUGUGCACCGGAGCAAGGGAAAGAAGCAGUGUCAGCAAAGACUACAGCAUUUUUGGGUCUACUGCCUGUUGUUAGAGAACAUAUCAUCGAUGGUUUCAGUCCCAAGGCUCGUGACAUAUUUCGUAGAGAAUUUGAUUUCUUUGAAAAAGUCACAUCUAUAUCCGGUGUUCUCUAUCCGCUUCCAAAAGAAGAAAGAAGAGCUGGUAUAAGGAGAGAGUUGGAAAAGAUUCAGGUGGAUGGUGCUGACCUUUAUCUACCUACUGCGCCUAAUAAGCUUGUCAGGGGUAUUCAAGUUAACAGUGGAAUACCCUUACAGUCGGCGGCAAAAGUGCCAAUUAUGAUCACGUUUGAUGUGGCUGAUCGAUACGGGGAUCCUAAUGAUAUAAAACCUCAAGCUUGUAUUUUCAAGGUUGGAGACGACUGCCGACAAGAUGUACUUGCUUUACAAGUUAUUUCACUUCUUAAAGACAUAUUUGAAGCAGUUGGGCUCGAUCUUUAUCUAUAUCCUUAUGGAGUACUUCCAACUGACCCAGAGAGAGGAAUAAUUGAGGUUGUUCCAAAUACACGGAGUAGAAGCCAGAUGGGUGAGACCACUGAUGGCGGUUUAUAUGAAAUAUUUCAACAGGACUUCGGGGCAGUUGGUUCUCCCAAUUUUGAAGCUGCCCGUCAUAAUUUCAUCAUCAGCAGUGCUGGUUACGCUGUUGCCAGCCUGUUGCUCCAGCCAAAGGAUAGACAUAAUGGAAAUCUUUUGUUUGACAAUGUAGGCAGGCUUGUCCAUAUUGAUUUUGGUUUCAUCUUGGAGACUUCUCCUGGUGGAAACAUGCGGUUCGAAAGUGCUCACUUUAAGCUGAGUCAUGAGAUGACCCAGUUACUUGAUCCAUCUGGUGCGAUGAAAAGCGAUACUUGGUUUUUAUUUGUAAGCUUGUGUGUGAAGGGAUAUCUUGCUGCUCGUCGCUAUAUGGAUGGGAUUAUAAACACAGUAUUGAUGAUGGUAGAAAGCGGAUUACCAUGUUUUAGCAGAGGAGACCCCAUCGGUAACCUAAGAAAGAGAUUUCAUCCUGAAAUGAGCGAGAGAGAAGCCGCAAACUUCAUGAUCCGCAUAUGUGUAGAUGCCUACGACAAAUGGUCAACUGCUGGUUAUGAUCUGAUACAAUAUCUGCAGCAGGGCAUCGAAAAGUGAAAGCCUCUUCUUCACACACGCAAAUGUACACACCUGAAUGUCAAAAUUUUCCAGGAAUUUCAACGCGUUUAAGCAGUCGCACAGAAAAGAGAAAAGCUUGGAAGUGAGUCUUUACGACUUGUGAAAUUUGUAGGUAUUCUGGUCUUUAGCGGAUAUAUCGUGUUUUCUUCUCUCAAUCUGGAUGUUAUAUUGGUGUCAUUGCUGUUGCUAACCGUUGGUCGCUGGUACUGUUGUACAUUGAUAUCUUUUUCGAAGAUUAACCCAAACCCUAGCUUUAAAUCUUUCUUGUAGGUGAUUGCCAAAAUCUUGAGGCUUUUUGCAACUUCUUUUGGGUUUUAAGCAAGAUUUUGGAUUCAGAAAUUGGUGACAUGACACUUGUGUGCUGUUUGAAGUUUGAUGAGUUGGUUAUGAACAACUAGAAAGAAUGUUGUGAACAAGGAUUCUACUUCCUUUUCUAGGGGUAUUUCUGUCGCAUUUUUCGUAA